AUGUCAACGGGCGAAUCUAGUAUCGGCGAGCAGGCGCAACGGGACAUUUCCAAGAGUAAACAGACGGUGACGAACGUGGGUGGCACCUUUACGUGUUCUUUUUGUCCUUUGAAAGAACGCUACGAUUACAAAGGCACGAGACCGCCAUUCGCCCGGCAGUUGGUUUAUUCGGAAGAGUGUUACGUUAUGAAGGAUCCGUUCAGCUUGCCAAACAGGGGCGAAGUCUUAGUUCUAGGUGCCGAUUGCAGCGUGUGCGAACACGCUGUAUGCCUAGGAUGCAGCAUAUUUUACAAGAGACGCUUCUGUCCGAAGUGCGCGUCCAGUAAUAUACAAUAUUUACCUCUUCAGUUACAUAAUAAAAUCAAGAAUUUAUCAAGGCAAACAGAUCCGUAA